AUGAUGCUGAUGAUCCAACCGUGCGACCACGAUCUGUACAUCAUAUUCUUCGAGUAUUGGCGGAAGGCCACGGCGACCCAGAAGGAGGAGAGGCUGACCGAGGAUCGCCGGAAGAGGAACGUGGAAGCUGUCAGGCACGAGCGCGUCGAGUACAUGAACCAGCGGGUGAUGAGCAUGCUCCAGGACACCACGGGCUCAGUGGGCAUGCGGCUCAUUAUGCGCGGCUGGCGGACGUUUGUGAUGGAGGAGCGCGUGCAGCAGGCCCGGGACAGGGAUGCAAAGCGAAGGGAGGACGUCUCCAAUGACUUCAAGAACAAGACGCGGGUGUACGCGAAGGCGCUGUUCUUGAUCGGCGGCGGCGACGGCCACACGGUGCUGAGCAGUUGUUUCUCGUCCUGGCGGAUAUACGUGGCGUACAGCAUCCAGAAGAGGAUCGAGUCACUGCGGCCCCCGUUCAACGCGUGGCACGCUGUCGCCAAAAGCACACACCGCCAGAGGGAGCUGACCAAGGGCAGGGAAGAGCUGGCGGAGCGCGAGAGGGAGCACGAGAGCGAGCUCAAGAAGGGGAGAACGCGGCGCGCAACUUCCUCCUAG